UCCCAGUUGUUUCUUGGCUUGUAAGCAUCCUCCUUUUGAGUGGAAAAGAGAGAGAGAGAGAGAGAGAAAGAGAGAUGGAGGAGGUGAGAGGGCUGUGCCACCUCUUGAUGACGGUGUUUCUCAGCUCCCUGUCGGGGUUCAUGGUGGUUCCGGCGAUUACAGACAUUACUAUGGCGGCGGUUUGUCCCGGAAAAGAUGAAUGCUCACUCGCCAUCUACCUCACCGGAAUACAACAUGCGGUGAUAGGAAUGGGGUCACUCGUGAUGAUGCCAAUGGUGGGGAAUCUGUCUGACGCUUAUGGCAGGAAAACUAUGCUUACCAUUCCCAUGACUCUUUCAAUAUUCCCUCUAGCGAUACUAGCUUACAGCAGGUCAAGGUACUACUACUAUGCCUAUUACGUUCUGAGAACACUCAUUGGCAUGCUUUGCGAUGGAAGCGUUCAUUGCCUUGCUCUUGCUUACGUGGCUGAUAAAGUUGGAGAGGGUCGUCGAGCCUCGGUGUUUGGAAUCCUAUCUGGCGUUUCCUCCUCUGCUUUCAUAUGUGGUAGCCUCUCCUCUCACUUCAUGUCCACCGCCUCCACCUUCCAAGUGGCUGGUAUAAUGGCUAUAGUAGCCCUGGUUUACAUGAAGAUUUUCCUCCCAGAGUCCUUGCCAAAGGAGGACAUUUUAGUCAAAGCAACUGAGACUGAAUGCCUUUUGGAGAAAGCUCCCAAGAAAAACUUCCAACUAUACAAGAGAUUGCCUUCUUUUGAUGAUUUAGUCUGCUUAUUAAGGACAAGCCCAGCAUUCUUACAUGUAGCCGUUGUCUCAUUCUUGAGUCAUGUUGCUGAGACUGGCCUAAAUGCCUCUUUGUUUUACUUCUUGAAAGCCCAGUUUCACUUUGACAAAGAUGAAUUUGCUGAUUUGAUAAUGAUUGCUGGGUUCGCUGGAGCUAUAUCCCAGCUAGUUCUGAUGCCCAUACUAGCUCCUGCCAUAGGAGAAGAGAGGCUUCUCUCAGUAGGCCUCUUUUUCUGCUCUUUGCAUAUGCUGCUUCACAGCAUUGCAUGGUCACCCUGGGUUCCUUAUGCUGCUGCAUUGAUGUCAGUUCUAGCUACUUUUGGAAUGCCUUGUCUAAGGAGCAUUGCUUCUAAGCAAUUUGGGCCUAAUGAGCAGGGAAAAGUCCAAGGAUGUGUUACAGGCUUGUCUUCCUUUGCCAACAUUGUUUCUCCUCUAGCUUUCAGUCCUUUGAUAGCUACAUUUUUAUCCGACGAUGCACCAUUCCAUUUUCCUGGUUUCAGUAUUAUGAUUGCUGGUCUAGCUGCUAUGUUGGCCUUUAUUCAGAGUUUAAUGAUGACAGCAUCACGCUCGACAACUGCAUACAAUUUAAGCGAUUCAAAUUCACCAAGGAAUUUUGUCUAAAUUAUUUAUUAUUAGCUCUAUUCCUAGAAGGCUUUUGGAGAAGUUAUGUUUGGUUAGUCCUUUAGCUUAAUUAAUGGCAUGUAUCACAUUAUUAUUAUUAUUAUUAUUAUUAUUAUUAUUAUUAUAAUUAUUAUUA